UCUCCGCCACCAUACGUGGUCCACUGCAAACCUCCUCACUGCCACCAUAGACUGAGAGCUCUUCAACAUGAAAGUGUCUCCAUUCUCAGUCCAUCAGAUCCAUAUUUAGCACGAAACUCUACAGUAUCAUAGGCUUAGAUACACACCUCAGCAGGCAGUAUCAAACAUGAAAGGAUUAGAUACACACCUCAGCAGGCAGUAUCAAACAUAAAAGGAUUAGGUACACUUCUCAGCAGGCAGCAUCAAACAUGCUUAGAUACACACCUCAGCAGACAGUAUCGUACAUGAUAGAGAUUAUUCUAUCAAUCAGUAAGAUCUCAUGAUGGAGGACACGGUGUUACACGAGGUUUCAGGUUCCUCGUUAACCAACCGAUUCCACCGCAUCCCCCCGACCACGAAGCCCUCAGGUACUGCCGCAUUUUCAUGACAAAAGCUUCAGGUUAUUCUAAAUGACAUCACUGAAGCUUAUGCGGCUCCCCCCUCCCCAGUCAGAGGGCGGGACAGGUCUCAAGUUCCUCAAGGAAGUGCCUGAGAAGUUGUUAUCGGAGAAGUUUGUGCUCUGUCAGAGGCGGGAGAGUCUAUCAUCCAAGGUGCCAGCUGCUGGGCUCCCAGGAGAAGUGCACAAACCAUGGAGACCUUCAGUUCCAAAGAUCUUGCCCUUCAGGCACAAAAGAAAAUCUUGAGUCGCAUGGCCAGUAAGUCCAUGGUCAACAUGUUCAUUGACGAGACAAGUAGUGAAGUCCUAGACGAACUGUACAGAGUAUCCAAAGAGUAUACUAAAAACAAAUCAGAGUCACAAAAAGUAAUCAAAAACUUGAUCAAAAUUGCUGUGAAAAUUGGCGUACUAUAUCGUCACAACCGUUUCAGCCACGAGGAACUUGGCCUAGCUGAAGAUUUCAAGAACAAGCUACACAAUGGAGCAAUGACAGCCAUUAGUUUCUAUGAAGUAGAAUUUACUUACGAGAAGGGGGUGCUGCCUCAAAUCCUCACUGAAUGCAAAAACUUGCUCCUUCGUCUUGUUGACAAACACCUGACCCCAAAGUCCCAUGGCCGCAUUCAACAUGUGUUCAACCACUUUGCAAACCAGGAAAUGCUCAGUCAACUAUAUGACCCCAAGGGGUCUAUGAGGCCCCAUUUACAGAAGAUUUGUCAUGGAAUGAACAAAUUGAUUGAUGAUGGAAAACUGUGAGGGAUGUUGGACUCGAAAUGGAAAUUGUGCAGGUUGUUGAACUCCACUUGGAGCCUAAAAAAAAACAUAAACCAGGAUUUAGUCCCGAAGGGUAUCAACCUCAGGAGCUGUGAACUGGUGUUUGAGAUAAAUGAAAGGAUUCCCAUUUGAUGUCAAAACCUAAAGACAACAAAAGUGGCACAAUAGGGACACAUUUGUGUUCUACUGCUUAUGGUGGAUGUUCCAAAAACUUGGUCUUCAAAAAGCCACCUUUGAAAGGAUGGGCUGUUUUUCAUCGUAUCUCAGUCCAAAGAAGUUGCUAACUCUCAAAGGACUAGUUCCACCCUUGCCGUAAGAGUUCUCCGGUGGUGAUGACCGGUAUCACUCUAUGGUUUUUGAGGGGCUCCAUGCCAGCAUGAGCUCACACAUUUGUUCCACCUACACUUGAACUUUUGUCUACGUCUAAGUGUUUACAUCAUAGGAACAUGCCUGGAAAAUAUAUUCAUGUUGCAUGUUCUGUGACUUUCAAGUAUUUGGUACACAUAAGGCUUCUUUGUUGUUUUAAGAAUUACAGAGACUAAAGACAGCUCUGAACAAAAAUUUAGGUGCAAUGAUUGAUGUGAUGGCAGGGCCUACAACCCCGCCCUGGGGUCUCAUGAUUGUUCCUGGGCAAAUUAAUGUUUACAGACUCUUGGAAAAUUUUCUCUUACUUGUACAUCGGAAAUAAAUAUAUAAUGUUAAGUGAACAGGGGCAAAUUGGCCAUAGACCUUACAGGGAAUUUUCCCGGUGGGCCGAUGCCCAGGGGGCCGCCUGA